CUUUGUCUUUGCCACACGCGUCAAACUCCGUUAAUCAUUACACGUGACCUUAAACAUUUUAUUUGGUGAUGACUCAGCCCAUCAUCGCUCGCUCCUUUCGGAGGGGGGUCGAUAAAAAAGGGCACCAAUUUGUGGUGACGUCCACCGCGGACCGUAUCGAAAGACUAGCGCUCCUCCCCCACCUCCCCCGCCAUGUGAAUGUGGAAUGUCCGCCACUCGCUGCGGGCUGCGAACCGACGAGCAACAGCAACCCACUUCGGACCCUCGUUUGAGCAAAGGAAAUCCGCUCUUUCAUUUGUUGACUUUUGAAUCGGGCCCAGCACCUGCCUGCUGGUGAAUUGGCAAAUUGCGCGCGUGACUUUACGUGACAUCCACUCCGUUUGUUGCCCCGCGCUGGGUCUGAGUUAUUAUUUAGCGCUAACUGCUCUUCCUCCUCAUUCCACAUCCCACGCCCCCAAACCACCUCCCCAACUUCGCUGGAACGCCGCCACGAACCGCACAGCCCACAGAGGCACCGCAUCGCUCGCGUCGCGCGCGUGAACCCGCGACCGCCCUUGUGAUCGCAGCAGCGGGGUGGGGUGGAGGGUUCAAAGUUUACUGAGUACACGCACACAUACACGCGCACACGCACGCACUCACGCGCGCACACACACGCGCGCGCACACACGCACCAACACGCACACCCAUGCGCACACACACCCACGCGCACACACACACGCGCGUACUACGACAGCUGUAGGAGAAACAAGCGUAGGUAACGGACGCCAGAUCUUUGCGUGUUAUCGUUAACGUUUGCAUAGCGGCGUGUGCCAGAAUGUGGUGCAGUGUCGGUUAAAUUGAGGGAGGAAGUGGCCACGUACGUGUCGCUCCCCCCGACUGAAGGUUUGCAUGCGCGUGCGUGCGCGUGCGUGUGUGCGUGAUGCGUUGAAACCAGUUCGACUCAGUCGCGAAAUAUCUACAACUGAUCCCUGUGCCUGCGCUUGGUUGAAUCAACCCUUAAAUGAGCUCUUGGGUGCGCGCCGCGUAAAACACCGGGCCCGGCGCGGUGCUGCCAAAAAAAACCCUUCAUCAUAGGUGCUCGCAAACAGGUGGGCGUUGAGAGCUAGGGACGCGGCGAGAGAGGGGAGACUACAGAGAGAGAGAGGGACAGAGAAGACGUCCACGGGCCUCGAUUGAAGACCGCGCGGCUGCUCAGCCGUUUGACCCACCGGGCGAAUCGGGCCAGCGGACAGAAUUUUAAUCGGCCGCGCAGCGGCGAGAAGGGGGGGGGGGAGGCCCAGCCAUGCUGCGUCGCAGCGGCCUCACGGCCCCUGUCAACGACCGGGCCGGAGUGACCCUCUCGUUCUCCGGGUUCUUCCUCGUGUUCGCCGGGCUCACGCUCACGUGCAUGGGAUGGCUGUAUUACACGCGCCACUCUCGGAGCUUCGACUGGUCGCAGGUGCUGGGACCCAUCCUGAUGGGCCUCGGCGUGGUCUUCCUGCUGCUGGCCGCGUGGCGUCUCAGGACUCUUGUAUGCUGCCGCUCCAGAGGGGAGCAGGAGGAGGAAGAUACGGAGAUGCGACGCCGCUUCGAGGCGUUCGGCAUUCUGGUGGCGAGCAUCCAGACCCCGGGCAAUCCCACGGCUUCCCCCGCGAGCGACCACGGCUUCCACCCACCGCCCCCCUACGACCCUGAGUCGGCACCCCCAGCCUACAGCGGCGGUGGAGGUGGAGGAGGCGGCUACGUGAACCGGGCGUGCGAGGGGGAGAUGGAGGAGCAGGCGGUGCCCGGAGCGGCAGCCGUGGCGGCGGCGGCGAUGGGGAUCGAACCUGGGAGGCAAAGGAGCGCCGAACUCUCUCCUCGCCCCUCCUCCGACGUCCCUUGGAAGGAAUCCACAUUCCCAGCGAUGCCUCCGUCAUACGAGGAAGCCAUCGCAGAGGCUGCCCUUUGCCCGCUGCCCUCGCUUCCUGCCCUGCCCUCUCCGGCUACCCUGCCCUCGCAGCCCGGUCCCGAGAACGACAUUACGUCAAACGCCCUCUCGACGUCGCCUGCACGGACGGACGCAGCUAAGCUCGACAGCUAGGCGCGACACGAGAGCCCACAAGCCACAGUGAAUUUUAUUUCGUCGGAGGUUUAAUAAUGGACUUCAGAGGUGGCCCUGGAAGCUUAAGAGGUCAGAGCGCUGAGUGGGUUCUGCCGAGAGCCAAGGUUCGAGCCAGAAUCCAGCUGCGUGUGAUUUAAUCGGGGUUCUCGAAUGCAGCGAGUUGAAUGUCUCUGUCCAGCUAACGAGUGCCGGAUUAAGCUAGUGCGAGGCCUGCAGCAUAUGUAAUAAAGGGGCCCUAAAUAAAAACAAAUAUUAAAAACACAUUUUUUACUUUCAUAGUAAAAUAAUUGUAUUUUUCAUUUGCUAUACAGCCAGAUAAUAUGACAAAUCGCCAACCUUAAACACACAGUUGUUGGUAAAAGUUGAAGGCAGUAUAGUACUAUAGUAAUAUAGCAAGUGCAGAAUCAUUAAAGCGGAAUUGAUAGCUUGAAAGCAUUUAGCGCAGGGCCCU